UUAAUGUCCUUUUAUUGAUUUCGUUUUGCACAACAGCUAUGAAAGCACACAAUAUGAUCGGAGAGGAUUACAGGUUUUAAGAAGACCAUUCAAAGAAGAAAAUAAGGCGACGUGGCCGAAGUUAUCAAAAGCUCAAGACUUCAUGGCAACUAGGGUUUGUGAAUUAUGGAUAUCGUAAACUCUAGAUUAGGGUUUAUAGGAGGGCUAGCUAGGUCAAAGUUUAAAAUGGCUGGGAUAGGGUCAUCAAGAAACAACGAAGAAGACAAUCAACAAAAGGCAAAUUGGGUUUGGUACAGAAACACAAAUAACCCAAGCACGAGCCACCACACCAAUCAGAUAUGGCAGCAUCCAAGCCUCGAUCUAUAUCCGGGUCAGAUCAACGUCUGUGAUUUGACCACGUCAUCGAGAUCCCUAACCAUAAGCUGUCAAGACUGUGGAAACCAAGCCAAGAAAGGGUGCACGCACGGGCGGUGUAGAACUUGCUGCAAGAGCCACGGGCUCGACUGUCCCACUCACGUGAGGAGCACUUGGAUCCCCAUCGCCAAACGCCGUGAACGGCAGCAGAUACAGACGCCAACCUCCAACCCAAUAACCGGUGGAGACCGAGUUGGGAACAUCCCAAAUCCGUAUAGAGAGAUUGAUCAACCGGCUACUUUAAACUCAUCAGGGUUAGAGAUGGGAGAUGCAACAUUUCCAGAUGAAGUGACAUCGGAUGCACUUUUCCGGUGCGUUAGAAUAAGUGGUACCGAAGAUGGAGAUUGCCAAUAUGCAUAUCAGACGACGGUAGGCAUAGCUGGUCAUCAGUUCAAGGGCAUUCUGUAUAAUCAAGGCCCGGAUAAAACGAUUACGCCUGGUACACAAUUCUAUGAAAACCCACCAAGAUCUUAAUUGUAACAUCUACUUUUCAAACUCUCUUUAAUUUUUUUUUUUGGGUAUGCAAUGUACUUGUUUUGAAAGAG